UCUGGGGAGUUGAGAGAGAGAAGUUUAAUUUUCCAUGUGAAGCUACCUAAAAAGACAACCAACUCGGAAGUAGAGAACAGAAAAAAGAAAGAAAAGGGGAAAAGGAAACAGAGGAAGAAAAGAAAGAAAUAUUACUGCAGGUGUAUUACUUGCGUGUUCAUUGAAUAAUCAAUCCUCCUUUUUAAGCCUUUGCCCUGCAUAUAAAAAAACAUGUAGAGAAAUAUUUGGCCACAGAGACCAAAAAAGUGGGGUUGUGCUCCAGCGGGUAUAGUACCUUCCUCUCUCAGAGACAGGAAACAGAGAGAGCUGCUUAUUCUCUUCUGUUUCCCUGUCUCUGUCUCUUUUCCUAAUGCUGUGACUCGAGUAUCUGUUUCCUGUCAUCAUCGUGAAUGGUGCUCUCCUCACGUAGUGGAAGAUUGAACUGAAGAUUCAGAUAUCAGAUCUCUCCAAAAUUUGUGAGUACAAGUGGUCUUGCGCUGACUAGUUUCUGGAGUCUGCUGUGUGCCUACAAUCCAAUAUUUUGGAAUUCAGAAUCAUCGUUUGAUGUUUGCAUGAGUGUUUCUCUCUGGUCAUGGAAACAUUGGCUCUUAAAACUGAGAAUGCGUGUUCUGAGACUUACUUAAGACUGGGGCUCGGAGAAUCUGGGAAGGGAAGUACAGGAAAACCCCGACUGCUAUCAUAUCUGUCCUCACUUCUUGAGAAGUCUGUUCAGAAGAAUGAAAGGUUUCUUGAGACUACACAAACUAAAGACGUUAUUACGGUAUUUCACGGUUCAAAAGCACCCUCUUUAGGCAUUGAACUAUACAUUGAACGAAUUUUUAAGUACUCAUGCUGCAGUCCUUCCUGCUUCAUUGUUGCAUAUAUUUAUGUGGAGAGAUUUAUUAAGCGCACCAAUGCUGUUGUAACUUCUCUUAAUGUUCACCGCCUUCUCAUCACCAGUGUCAUGGUGGCAGCAAAAUAUAUUGAUGAUGCGUUUUACAAUAAUGCAUAUUAUGCCAGAGUUGGAGGUGUGGGCACAUUAGAGUUGAACAAGUUGGAAAUGAAGUUUUUAUUUGGUGUGGAUUUUCAGCUUUUUGUAAGCAGUGAUACCUUCGGGAAGUACUGUGCGCUGUUGGAAAUGGAAGGUAGUGGAGGUGUCCAGAUCGAACGCUCAAUUCAGGCAUGCGGAAUAAAGGGCAGUUGGCCAAACAACGAAGAUUCGACUUGUGCUACAGCUGCUAGAUGAAGAUUUUCAUCGUGUGGAACUAUAACAUUCUUGACAGUUUCAUGCUAGUACACCAACUUGAAUUUGCUGCCACGAGUCAAAGGUUAUCAAUAUGAAAGAUCAUUCUUUAGUAAAUAAAAUUUGGGUUGCUCUAGAUUGUCCUUGCUUCUUUGACGAUAUUCUUCUCUAGUACCAUGUUUUUUGCAGCUGUUGUAGUGAUGAUUCUUCUUGUGUGAAAAUUCGGUUUAUUUCCAUAGUUCUCUUUUGUACUGUACAGAACGUGCUGUUUUAUGUAGAGCAGUGCAUUUAAUUCGCACUGCCAGAAUGGUAGGCGACAAUCUAAUGGUUCGAGUUUUUCUCUUCC